AGAGCCCUCUACAGGGACAUCAUGCAGGAGAACUACGAGAUGGUGACCUCGCUGGGAUUUCCCAUUCCCAAACCUGAGCUGAUCGCCCGGCUGGAACGAGGGGAAGAGCCGUGGGUCCCGGAUCUCCAGGCCUCUGAGAAAAAGGAGGUCAUGCAAGUCACCCACACAGGUGAUGAGACCCUGAGUGAGAACAAGGAGGUGAAUUGGCAGGUGGAACCAGAGAGGGCCUUUUUGAGAGGAGCUGAAGGGAAUUUUUCCCAGUGCUUGGAACAGAGAGAAGCCUGGGGCAAUUCGGGUGGGUCAGAGAGGCAGCUGGGAAACCAGCCAAGGAAGAAAGUGGAUGAAUCCAUUCAAGGUGGGGAAGGAUGCACAGAUCCCAAGGAAACCACUACCCAGCAGACAAAUCCCAAGGACGAGAAACCCCACAAAUGCCUCGACUGUGGGAAAAGCUUCAGUGUAAGAACCAACCUUAUUACGCACUGGAAAAACCACACGGGAGAGAAGCCCUAUAAAUGCUUGGACUGUGGGAAAAGUUUCCGUCAGAGCUCACACCUUAUUACCCAUCAGAGACUGCACACGGGAGAGAGACCCUAUAAAUGCCUAGAGUGCGGGAAAAGUUUCAACGUGAGGUCGGCCCUUAUUGCGCAUCAGAGAACGCACACGGGAGAGAAACCCUAUAAGUGCCUGGACUGUGGGAAAAGCUUCAAUGUCAGAUCAGCCGUUAUUAGACAUCAGAGAAUCCACACAGGAGAGAAACCUUAUAAAUGCUUGGACUGCGGGAAAAGCUUCAGUCAGAGCUCCAGCCUCACUAAACAUCGGAGGACCCACACGGGCGAGCGACCCUAUAACUGCCUUGUGUGUGGGAAAAGUUUUAGCGACAGCUCGUCCCUUAUUAAACAUGGGAGAACCCACACGGGAGAGAGACCCUAUAAAUGCCUGGACUGUGGGAAAUGUUUCAAUCUGCGAUCAGCUCUUCUUGCCCAUCAAAGAACCCACACGGGAGAGAAGCCCCAUAAAUGCCUGGACUGUGGGAAAAGCUUCAGUCAGAGCUCAAACCUUGUUACGCAUCAGAGAACCCACACAGGGGAUAAACCCUAUAAAUGCCUCCACUGUGGGAAACGGUUUAACGUCAGCUCAGCCGUUAUUACGCAUCAGAGAAUCCACACGGGAGAGAAACCCUAUAAAUGCCUGGACUGUGGGAAAAGCUUCAGUCACAGCUCAAACCUCACUAAACAUCAGGGAAUUCAUGAGUCAGAGAGAACCUAUAAGUGGGACACAUUUCAAUAGGAAGUCGACCCUUAAUACUCAUCAGGAGACCCCAGGGUGGGAGAGAGGCCUCAGAAGUGUCUCUGUUGAGGGAAAAGUUACAUUCAGAGAUCAGCCCUUGUUCCGCAUCAGACACGCCACAAAAUAGAGAAACCCCAUAAAUGCUUGGACUGUGAGAAAAGCUUCGGUAACAGCUCAGGCCUUACUUAAUACUGGAGAACCCACAUGAGAGAGAAACACCUUGAAUGUUGGGCAAACUUCCCCUAGUAUCUGGCAGCAGCAGAUCUGUGCAGGGAAGAAACUGCUGAGAUGUCCUUAGCAAAGAAAAUGCUCCAAGUGGGAGAAAUUCUCUGAGUGCCCUGACUGGGGCUGGCCAUGGUGACAAACCCAUUUCCUCGUUCCCACACACAUCAGGGGCGUCUGGCUCCCAAGGAUCCAGCUGCCCAUCGCUGGGGGGAGGAUCCAGCAGCAGCCAAGCAGCAGCUGGUCAGGGACCCUCUGGGUCUGCCUGGUCUAAGCAAACCCCAGGCAGAGGAGGAGAAGCCCCGAUCAGCCCCUCCUCCCUGCUGCUGCCCUGGCUGCUGAGCUGAUGGGCCACGGGUGGGGGAAGGGAAAGAGAGAAACUCCUCCAGCCGCUCCCUCUGCCUGGCUGAAGUCCCCCCCCACCCCCCUUCACCUGCUAGCCGGGAUCCCCCUGCCAUGGAGAUGAGGAGGAGGACACUAGGGCCAGGUCCCACCUUCACUCUAGAUUCCUGUCCCCAUCCCCCAUCUUCCACCAUCCCCUGGGCUGGGCUCCCGCACUGACCUGGAGCUGUUCUCUGCAGGGGGAGUGUCCCUGGGGGCUGGUAACUCCUCCCCUCCCUGAAUCCCCCAGGGCGCUGGGCUCUGGGGGAUUAACCAUUAAGGGACCAGGGCGAUGGGUUCUGGGGAGGACACUGGGGAUUGAAUGGUUGGGGCUGGUGAAGAUGAGACACAAGGGGGUGCUGGGGCUAGCGAGUGUUUGGGGAUGAUGGGAUAAGAGGCGAGGGAAAGCACAGGGGUAGAGAGAUGCCUCAUCACUCACCCCCUGUGCCCCUUCUCCCUGCCCCCGCUGCAUUCACCGAGAGGGACUGAUUUCAACAGGGCCUUUUAUGGGAGGCCUGGAGAUCCCACCUCUGCCUCAGCAGCAUCAGCCUCUGAGCAUCCAUCUGUGGUAGGAAACAUGGUUGGGAUCAGCCAGCUCAUCUCCUCUGACUCACUCCACCCCCCCAUCCUACCCUAGACUGAGCCUGAGCAUCUAAUUCAUUCAGACUUCACCAUUAGCGGAGUGACUGUUAAAGUCACUGAGUUCCCCCUCUGCAGGUAGGUUCUCUCACUCCCAGCCAGUCUCCCCUUGAUCCAGGCCGUGCCGGAAAGCAUUUCUUUUUGUACAUUUUCUCUCUUACAGACGAGAAUUAAAUGGAUUCUCAAAGAGUUGGAGCAAGGGUAGUAAAACGUGGUGUUUUAGGUACUGUGCUGUUUGAGAGCGAUGGGGUGAGUCCCAGGGAUUCCCUUUUCCCUCAUCACUGUCACGCUCCAUCCUUGAUGCAGCAGCCUCUGUCCGAGCCUUGGAGAAUUUUAUCCUGUCCACCCCCCAAAGUGUCACUUACCGCAGUGUGCCUGGCUCUCCAUGCAUAGGAAUCACACUUGGAUCCUAAAUCAGACUCCUGGAGGUGAAAGUGUCACCGACCUGGGCUGGGGUUGGGGGAGGAUUCAGAUGAACCCCAAAGCACAAGCUGAGGUUUCUGAGCUUAAAUUCCAUCUAUUGGUAAAGUCGCUUCUGGGCUUUUCACAGCCAUUUACAGAUCAUUUGUCAUGGGGAAGGUUUUGGUUUUAUUUUGUUUUUUUCUGUUUCAUUGUGAAGAUGCUAGAAUUCUGUAACUAACACAACAGAAUAGCGAGGAGGCGCUGAGUGAAGCAGUUAGUCAGCUCAGAAGGAAAUGAGUCAGUUUGUUCUCCUGAUUGUGAAUCUGAAGAUUCUCUGGGAUUUCACUUUCUGAAUGUAAAAGUGUUUCAUAGCCCACCCUGUAUCGUGGGGUUUUCUUUCCUGAAGGUGUUGGGUCACGUACUUUGAUAUUUGUUUGGUUUGAUAGGUGAUGGGAGAUGUGAUGAGGCAAAUGACUGUUUGCCAGAAUAGUCCUUUUCCAUUUUAGUUUCACCUCUACCCCAUCGUGAGAUUUUCAUGUGGUUUGAACAAUGCCAAUUGUCAAUAUGUAUCAGCACAAACAGGGUGAGUGCUAGAUUUACCCUCCCAGAGGCAGAGACUGAAAUGGAGAAGGAAGUUACUGCCUGAUCCCUGCAAUGAUGCGAGAUAUAGUCGGGAGGUGAGGGGUACAGAGCUGGAAAAUUGCACAUUUCGCUCUUGAGAGCCAGACAGCCAAUACUGAGAACUGUGAACUUGCUGCAGUGGGGCUAGAGAGAAACAGGCAAUGUCCUAUGAUUGCCAUGGGAAGGCACCCCUGAAAUCUAAAGGGUUAUGAAUGACGCCCCAAGAUGGGAGAGGGCAGCGUCUCCUCAUUGCUGAGAGGACGAGGCUGGGCAGAUGCAAGAAGGAAGCCGGGGAAGUCACGAGGCCUGAGCUCCCCGGAAGCCAGGCUCACCCCCAUCAAUGAGGCCAAAGGGAGAGGAGGACCCUGAAAUUUUAGCUCCUCCCCUGCCCAUCCACCGCAGAGUCCUGGGUGCAGAUGAGAGAACCCCUCUGUGCCCCACUUGCCCCACACUGCAUCCCUCGAACCCGAGCUCGCGGGGUUUCCUGCUCUCCGAUCAUUUGCUCUUGUGACUGGAUCCCGGCAUCUCUCACGGACUGUCUGUGCUUUUCUAUCAGCUUUAACUUGUUUCUCUUUCCCUGGUGCCCGCGGGAGCUGGGAGCAGCCCGGUGCUGGCCUGGGACAGAAAUGCACCACGCUGGCCUGGGCUCCGGGCCCUGGCUGGGGAGGUGGGUUUAGCUUGUAUUUCUCCUUUGGAAAUGAUAAAGCAGAACAUAGUU